AUGCCACCAUCAUCAUCAAAUACAGGCGCUGCGUCGCGGAGUGCAAGCAAGCGACUGAUUAAAGAGUUGGAAACAUGGGGUAGGGAACAGAAGGAAGAGAAAGGUAUAGAGCGCCUCGGGCCCAUUAAUGAAGGCGAUUUGAUGGAGUGGGAAGCCGUCAUCAAUGGACGGGGUAUAGGUCAAGGUUACGAUGAAGGACGCUGGCUCGUCAACAUCUCCAUUCCAUCGACCUACCCUCUCGCGCCGCCAAAAAUGACCUUCGUCACACCUAUUGUUCAUCCCAACAUCGCACUACAGAACGGAGAGAUCUGCCUUGACCUUCUCAAGGACGCUUGGACACCGGCUUACAGCGUUCUCGAAUGCGUGCGCGCCGUGCGCAUGCUGCUUGGAUGCCCUGAAACGGAUAGCCCUUUGAAUGUCGACGUUGCAGCGCUGUUGCGCUCGGGUGAUGUCCUGGGCACUCGAAAGCUCGUAGAGUAUUGGUGUCGAGAUUCUGACUCGAGAUACGAAGGACCAUGA